AUGGCUUCGCGUCUCGCUAAGAGCGCCAUUGGCGCCGCCCGGCUGCGACCGGUUACCGCCCGCGUCCCUGUCGUCACUGCCAACCUGACUGCCUCUCGCUCGGCCUCCAACGUCCCCGCCGAGGACCCCCAGAAAAAGGCGCAGUCGAUCCUCGACUCGGUUCCCGGUAACUCGCUGGUCUCGAAGACUGCCAUCCUCUCCGCCGCCGCCGGUCUGUCCGUUGCUGCCAUCAGCAACGAGCUGUACGUCUUCAACGAGGAGACCGUCGCCGCCUUCUGUCUGCUGUCGGUCUUCACUGGUGUGGCCAAGUACGGUGGUCCCGCUUACCGUGAGUGGGCUGAGGGUCAGGUGCAGAAGCAGAAGGACAUCCUGAACGCUGCCCGUGCCGACCACACCAGCGCCGUCCAGCAGCGCAUCGACAACGUCAAGGAGCUGUCCGGUGUCGUCGACCUCACCAAGCAGCUCUUUGCUGUUUCUAAGGAAACCGCCGAGCUCGAGUCUCAGGCCUACGAGCUCCAGCAGCGCACUGCUCUCGCCGCCGAGGCUAAGCAGGUUCUCGAGUCGUGGGUGCGCUACGAGGGCCAGGUCAAGCAGCGCCAGCAGCGUGAGCUUGCCGAGUCCGUCAUCUCCAAGAUCCAGAAGGAGCUGGAGAGCCCCAAGGUUCUGCAGCAGAUCCUCCAGCAGAGUGUGGCUGACGUCGAGCGCAUCAUGUCCGCUAAGGCCCAGUAG